AGGUCGGACUCGUGUUGGAGACGGACCGGAAGCAGCGUGAAGUUACAGAAGUCUUCUGCGAAGCGUUGCACUAGGUCUGUGCUGUAGAGUUCUCAGCUGCUGUGUUUGUCUUCACUCAGAAGAAAGAUGCUUAGAAGUGCCUCAGCACAGAUCAUACGACAGGUGGUGAGGUACAGGAGUACAGACGCCAACCUCAUCCUGGAGAGAUCGAUAAACCGGGUGCAGCUGUUAGGCCGAGUCGGUCAGGACCCGGUGAUGAGACAAGUGGAGGGUCGAAACCCGGUUACCAUCUUCUCAUUAGCGACCAAUGAGAUGUGGCGAACUGGAGAAGGAGAGAUAAGCUCACCAGGUGACAUCAGCCAGAAAACAACGUGGCAUCGUGUGUCUGUGUUCAAACCUGGUCUGAGAGACGUGGCCUACCAGUACGUCAAAAAAGGGUCUCGGAUUCUAGUGGAGGGGAAGCUGGACUACGGAGAGUAUGUGGACAAGAACCAAGUCAGACGUCAGGCCACCACCAUCAUUGCAGACAACAUCAUUUUCCUGAGCGAUAAUGUGCGAGACAGAACCUGAUGGACUCUUCUCUUCCUCUUCCUCUUCGUCUCCACCAAACACCAAGACGACUUCUUUUUUGUAUUUUCUUCUUUAUACCAAAAUAAGACUUGAGCACAUCAAGUAAAGGAAGUGUUUUCACAAGACGCGGGGAUGGACAAGAUAAGCUGCAAUCAUGGUUCUGUGGCGCCUCCUGCUGUUGGAAAUGAAGACUUUGAGGCCUUGGGAGGAGCAGAAAUAGUCCCAACUGUAUUAAAUAUAGAUCUACUGAUUAUUAGUUUGUUGUAUGUGUACAUAGAAGUUACAAAUAACACAAGUUUCAUGUUUAAUCCAUCCAGCUUGUUCCAAGAUGCUUCUUCUGAAUCAUAACUGAUUUUGGGGGCUCUUUUGAAAAGUUGUAGCUCUGUUAAGAGCAGCUCUUACUUUUACUGUGACUCAUAAUAUUAUAGUUUUUGUUUCCUUGUGUCAGUAAAGACGGACUGCCUUUAUAAGCUGAAGCUGCUUCGUGGUGAGGAAGACAAAUUUACCCUGUAAACCUGUUUCACAAGGCCACCCACAAACAAUUCAAAUUCAGUCCUGCCUGCAGGUUAUUUUUCCUCAUCACAGCUUUCUGUUUAGUAAUCCUGGAGUUUUCUAGAGAAGAUGCAAAAAAAAUAAUUUUCAUUUCAAGUAGUUGCUGCCGAGGUAGACGCACAGAUUAGGUUGUCUUUUAUGGCUUAACACAAUCUCCUACAUCCUAAGUUAAAUAAAGCGUUCAUAAACUAACUGGAUUAUGUGAAAAGUGUAUCACAAAACUGAAAAUGGAGAUGUUUCUCCAUGCUCCUGAAAUAUUGAUGUUUUGCAGAUAGUGUUAAAAUAAGAUUAGUGAGCAAAACCAGUCUUUGGGUGUUUCUCUCUGAAACCGAAAAGCUUCACGUGUUGUUUUAUUUCUUGCUCAAGCAGAAAGCUGCUCUGUGAGAAGUACAGUGUCACCUCAAGUGUUGGAAUCCACCUGCAGUUUACACAUUUCGACUUGCCACACUUUCUUCAGAAGUGCCCGUAUCAUGUUUUGCCCUGUUUGAACUCAUAAAACAAAACAAAAAAAAAAAAGGCAUAAAAGUAUUUUCAUUCUCUUUCCUGCACCUCUCCUUAUAAAAAAAAGCUGUUUCACUGGAGGUGAAGGUGCAAAUCUCUGGAAGUCAAAAAUUAGAAGAGGACUGGAUUUCAUUUCUGCUGUUUUCCUGUUUAACUCCCUGAAUACUCUAUAGGCACAGCUGCAUGAUUAUGUGAGUAAUUUGAUGAAUGUUAUCAGUUUCAUUUGCUCUUAUUUUCUGCUCUGUCACUUGUCAGUUACACUUAUCUGGUGUUCAUUUCCUUCCUGCACAGUGACUGGUUGCUUUCAGUGCAGGACAUUUAUUUUUCAAAAUACUUAUGUACUUCCUACAGUUAAAUCAAAUUUGUUUAAAUUUUUAUUCAAAUCA